CAGUGAAGCGAGGAGAGGGGGCGUGGUCUCGGGGCCUCCGACAACCUCGGGCCGAGACGGAGGGAUGUUUCCUGCUCAGGAGGAAGCCGACAGGACGGUGUUUGUAGGAAACUUGGAGGCCCGAGUGCGGGAAGAGAUCCUGUACGAGCUGUUCCUUCAGGCUGGGCCAUUAACCAAAGUAACUAUAUGCAAGGACAGAGAAGGAAAGCCAAAGUCUUUUGGAUUUGUCUGCUUUAAGCACCCAGAAUCGGUGUCUUAUGCCAUAGCUUUGCUGAAUGGAAUUCGUUUAUAUGGAAGACCAAUUAAUGUGCAGUAUCGAUUUGGGAGUUCUCGCUCUUGUGAACCAGCUAACCAAAGUUUUGAAAGCUGUGUUAAGAUAAAUUCACACAGUUACAGAAAUGAAGAAGCUGUGGGCAGAUCUUCCUUCCCCAUGCAGUUCUUUCCAGUUAAUAAUGCAGCUUUACCUCAAGAAUAUUUUUUUCAGAAGAUGGUAAGUUUGAUAUGCCUUUGCCUCAAUAUAUACUAUGAUACAAACUAUAAAGAAGAUGAAAACUACUUGGAACUUGAGUUGCUCUAAUAUAAAUCUAGAAUGAGGGGAGAAGCUGCCCCGAGCACUGUGCCCACCCCAGUGGUGCUCUGCUCUAACACAGUCAUCUGAAUUCCCACUCACAGGACCUCAGCACACAGGGGCAGUGGCAGCAAAGUGGCAGAUGCCAGUGAUGUUGCACUGCCCGAGUUAAAUUUGAGUAUAGAGUUCCCAUUUAAAUGACUAUUUUAAAAGGUAUUUUUAGAAUUGAAUAAUUUCAUCUAGUGAAGCUUUUUUAUGUAAUGUAGUCAUCAAUCACCUAUAUUGCUUUUAGACGUGGAUUUUUUUUAAGUAUAUUUCUUCAUUUAACCAAAGGCAAAGAUUCUCAAUUGGUUGAAUAAAGUACAUUAUUUCCAAAGACUCAAAAAUAUGGUGCCAGCCUAGAAAUCAUAAUGAUGGUCUUUAUUGUUAAAGGGGAACUUAGGAAAUUUUUUCUUCUAACUCCUUAUAUUACACAUGAUAAAAUUGAGGUUCAGGGAUAUUAAUUAACAAGCCCAAGAUUAUACAACUUGUUAGUGACAGAUAUUGGGCAAUAACACAGGUAUUCUGAUUUCACAGGGUGUAAUUUUUUGCAAACAUCCAACAUACAUGUGAGCUUCAGAUUUUUCAAUUAGCCACUUUUUAUUUUAAGCAUAAGGAAAAUUAAUUUUUGGAAUAUACUUUUCUUAGUGUAAUGAGAUAUUAUUAAAUAAUCAAUUUUUGUCUAAAAUUAUUAAUAUCUUCUUUGUGGCAUUUUUACCUUUGAUGAGAUGAGAAAUAAACACACACACACACAC